AUGAGAUCCGGACUUGCCCCAACAUCUUACGGGAAUGCUACUCCUCUUAAAGUUGUAGCAGUGAAUGAUGCGGUUGUUGUCAAAUUUGGUAGGAUGGCAGGCAGUAGCGAGGGCCAGGCAUUGAUUUACCUUGAACGAUAUGCUCCGGAGAUUCCAGCUCCUCGAUUGUACACAAUGUUCAAGGAGUCUAACGAGCUUUUCUUAAUAAUGCAGCGGGUACCUGGAAUACCGCUUGAUAAAAUCUGGCCGUCAUUAACCGAGUCUGAGAAAAAUGAUAUCUCAACUAAACUCCGUCAAAUAUUUGAUAGUAUGCGACAAGUCAAGUGUCCUUGGCCUGGUUUCUUUGGAGACUUGGGCGGUGGUGGCGUGCAAGACCACCUAUUCUACAGCCCAGAUACCGCCAACCGAUACCUGGGACCUUUCUACGGUGAAGCUGCUUUCAUUGCCGGCUUUAUUGGCAACCAUAGAGCGGUGAUCUGA